UUAGUGUUAUUACCAUUCAGACGAGAAACCAUUGGUGUAAAGUUAUAAUGUGAGUAAUGUUAGGGGCGGCAGUAGUACAUGUUAAAAGCUAGACAUGGCAACAUACUAAGGCGCUACACGGGGACCAUAAACCAUUGCUGGCUCAGCCCUCGUCACCACCGCUGGAUCAACUCUUAUCCACAAGAAACUGGUGUUUGUUGGUGGCUCUAGUGAGAGGCUCCUCAACAGUGAAUGAUUCUCUCCUCAAGAUUGGGGCAUGAUUUUCAACAUUAAUAAGGACCUUCUUCCACUCAAGAUCCAUUAUUUCCUGAAAUAUGGAGGAAUAUCGUUUUUCACAUUCUUGCCAGUGGUGGCAAGGCAGAAGGGCAUCCCAACGUUAGCUGUGGGCCUCAUGUGGACAGUUACUCCUUUUGCAAGUUCUGCUAUCACCUUAAUGAUUAGCACGCUAGCUGAUGCUUUCAAAAUUCACCGUGCACUAUUUUUGUCAGGAAUGAUUGUCCUCAGCACGUCCUUCAUAUCAAUCUUCCUUCUACCGGAUAUCUCAAGGUCAUCUCAUACCCAGAGAGAAGCAACAGUUUCACUUCACUGUCUGGACAAUAUUACUAGACUAUCUGUUUGCUCAAGUGUAUAUGAAAAUCAUAACAGUUUCAGUUUUUCUGUGUUGCAGAAAUGUAGUAAUAAUGAGACAUUUGACCAAGUGACAGAAACCCAAAGAGACAAUAUAAACUGCAUGGUAAACUGUUCUUACCCACAGAACAUGAACUUAAUCUCUCUUAAUUUUACUGAAAAUUUCCCAUUACCUUCAGGUUUAAUUUUUAAUAUAAGCACUGAACGAUCUACUUUCAACAUUUGUGAUGAUGGUAAUUGCACAAUUAUUACUGACACCAAUACAGCACCAAUGCUGUCUGAAUUUUCCAAUUUCACCUGUGAGGAGAAGUAUCAUGCAACAUGUUUUUACCACUGUGGUGCUGAUGACAGCAGAGAUGAAAAGGAUGUAACACUCUCAGAUGUGAUUCAUACUCCAGAAUUUUGGCUCAUAUUCAUUCUUUUGGUGUUGCUUUAUGGAGGAAAUUCUACCACCACCACCAUGGCAGACACUGUGUGCUUCUCCAUUCUGGGUCAAGCUCGUCACAGAUAUGGUCGUCAGCGUAUGUGGGGGAGCGUUGGUUGGGGACUAGUUGGUACAGUAAGUGGAGCUCUGGUAGAUCACUAUUCCAAAGGAAGUGCACAUAUCAACUACUCUUCAGCUUUAAUUAUAUCUGGUGUCUUCCUCACACUGAACUUCAUUGUUUCUCUGCAGAUUCCCUUUUCUUUCUCAAAAAGAGAGAAACUAAAAGCAAAAAAUGUUGGCAAAAUUAUUUGCACUUCGAAGAUGAUGAUUUUUAUGCUAACUGUUAUAGUGAUAGGCUUGACUAUGGGAACACUAUGGACUUUCCUGUUCAUCAUAGUGGAAGAUGUAGCUGUUACUUGGAAUCCAGAUUUUCCUAACAUGAAACUUUUACAAGGUCUUAUGUUAGGAGCACAGUGCUUCCUGGGAGAAGUGCCCUUUCUUUUUUUGUCAUCAUACACCAUCAAAAAAUUGGGCCAAAUCCCCACCUUUGCACUGUCAAUGGCAGUAUUUUCUCUUCGUCUUCUCCUGUACUCCUGUGUCACCAACCCGUGGUUCUUUCUCCCAGUCGAUCUGCUUCAUGGGUUAUCAUUUGGACUCUUCUACCCUAAUAUGAUGAGUUAUGCAAGCUUCAUGACUCCAAAAGGUGCCCAGGCUACAAUGCAAGGAAUUGUCAAAUCUGUCUUUAUUGGUGAAAUGAGGAUGGUGGAGGCAGUGGAAAUUUCUUGCCUGAGAUAAGUAUCUGAUGUGAUCAUUAUUCAGCAAAUAGGCAAUGAAGAAAUUAGAAGAGUGAGUGGCAGUAUGAAAUGUACAAUUCAGAGUCAAAAAGAAGUUGUUGAGGUGAUUUGGUUUUGUAGAAAGAACAGAGCAAGAUUGGUUGGUAAAGAGGGUGUACAAGUCUAGGAAAAAUUUAAAGUAGUGUGGGAGGCAUCUAAAGAAGUGUUGGAGGAAAGAAUGUGAGACAUGAUGAGAGGAGAGAUCCUGGGAAAUUACUCAUGCUGGUAGAGUUUGAGCAAGUUUAUAUUCUUCAAGCAACUCUCAGAAGCUAGCUAACUGGACUUGUCAUGAAGAAUGGGAAGAAGUACAGUACAUACAUGCUAAAAGUAAGGUGGUAAAGGUUGUGUGGCUUGGUGAACAUAUAGUGACAUACUAUAUAUCUUUGACAUUCUAGAGAGUGAACUGUAGAGUAUGUGACAUAAAGUCAAGGAGUAAAACAAAAUAUUACCAUUUAGUUAAAGAAGAUAUUAACCAGACAUGUUCUCAUUACUGUUAUCACUUAUUUUGCCAGUUCUUAAGUUGUACUUCAGCCAUUGUAUAUUCCAGCCAAGUUGCUAUAGUUGAGUAAAAAAAUUUCAUCAGCUCAUUCCAAUGAUUCCUGAAAUACAGUAUCAUUAUAUACUGUAUUUUACAAAUAAAAAUAUGCAAAUUGAAACUAUCUUAUUUAUAUUACCAAUUCUGAGCUUAAAAUUUCGACUAAAAUAUCGGUUAUACAUUAUAUUUGCUGUGGUUGUGAACAUUUAUAACUUUCAUUG